AUGAGUACCAAAAGGCGUGGAGCGGCCGCCGCGGCUUCCCCUGAAGUGAAGCUGCGAAGCCAGAAGCGUCGCAAGGUGUCUGAUGAAGAUCUCGUGGAGCUUGAGGCUGCCGACCGUGCAUCUUCCGAACCAGACGACCCCGCCGAAGCUGAUGAGAGCUUUGCAUCUGAAGAUAAAGAGGAUGAACCAGAGGUGGAGUUCGAGGGCGACAGUAUGCAAAUGGUCCAAGAUAAGAUCUUGACAGAACUCUUCCGAUUAAAGGAUGAUGAUGGUGAAGAGGUAGCAUACCCAUUUGUCGGAAAACCGGACCGCAAUCUAUAUCGGGAUUAUUAUGAAGUUAUCCAGCAUCCAGUCUCACUGAGAAGUAUUCAAAAGAAAGUUCGGGGGACGGAUGGCCGAAAGAAAGGAACAAAAAUGACAGCCUUUCCCACAUGGCGAUCUUUUGAGGAGGAAGUCAGCUAUCUUUGGCGAAAUGCGCGGGAAUACAAUGAGGAUGACAGCGACAUCUCGAUUCUUGCAGGCGUUAUGGAGAAAUACUUCAAAGAGCGCGUGGAAGAGGCCAAGAAGUUUGUUCCAGAUCCCAUUCAGGUAGAUGGUCACCCCGAAUUACCUCGAAUCAAGUUGAAAAUGGGCUCAAGCCAUUCGACACUGGGGGCACAGAAAUUAACAUUGAAGGUGGCUGGACAGGCUCUCGAGAUUUCAAAAGAUGACAGACCACCGUCCGGGGUCGCUGUCGAUGAUGAUUCACUUAAACGACAACAAGAGCUGGUCCGCACCGGAUCGACGAGCCAAGAAGUUGAUACACAUCAAAUGUCACCCCGAACAAGAUCCCUUCGAAGGCAUAUUGAUAGUCCCAAAUCAAGUACAGGAACUACCCCAUCAAAUUCCGAGCCUCUGCAAACCGGAGGUCGAGAGUCGUCAGGUGCCAUUAAAGAUGAAUCACAGACGUCAUCAUCUCAGCGAGCUGAGCUACCUUUUCCUUCGAGCAGUCAGCCCGGAUCGAAUUUGGACUCUAGGGGCGGCGGGAAUUUUGCCCACGAUGCAUCAAUGAACCCACCACCGGAAACCUCGCCGAUGGAUUCCAUAUGGAGACGACCAGGUCAAGAUUCCGAUACUGCUCUGAUUCGCAACGUCCAAAUCCUCACGCAUUCUUCAUUGUCGCUAAAUAGGAAUUUUCGCUUAGAUGUUCCCCCGUCAUCCACAUUGUCUCAGCAGACAAUUACUAUUCCCCUACCCCCCUCAUAUCAUCUGUUGACAAUCAAACCUACCUUGACGGCUAGCACUGCUCAACGGCAGGUGAAAAUGAUUGCUCAGACGGGUAUGCAGCGGCUCCAUCCAUCUAGAGACGCAUCUACGCUGGCGUACGAUAUUCAGCUCCACCCAGGCACUACAAAAGUGGACUUAGAGGUUAUUGCGGGCCCCGGCAGAGGAGCCCCGAAAUCUGGACCUCCCGGCUCAGAAGUUGAUUAUGAGCGUCUCACUAUAUUCUUCAAUCUGCUGCGAUAA